GCCCUAUAGUUUAUUCACCAUUUGGAAGGUCGUUCCAAAUUUCGACAGUUUCUCCAUCGACUUAUACUUGUUUUCCUUCCACAGUUGCAAGGUCCGAUCCCCACGAAAGCAAGUGUAAACAAUGCCAUCGUUUGAGCCCCUCACUUGGAUUUGGGCUCGCGUCUUAUUCAGUCAAUAAGGUAAGUAAGCCAUUACAUGGGAGUAGCCUUCAAUCACUUUAUUAAUGUCGAAAAAACCUUACAAGGAGCUUUCCAAACAUUGCCUCGCCCCUAGAGUGCAACGAGAAUAGGUCGAUAAGAGCAAUCCUCACUCGACAGCUCAAAGCUGACCAAUACAAAACCAUGCGAUCCGUCCUCGUGUACGGUACCCCACUGGCUUCCUCGUACCCUUUACUUACUACUCCCUCGUUCACUGGCUUCUAUUAUAUUUGACUACCUCACUUCAGUGUCCCCUUAACUGGCUAGCUACCGUGAAGCACCUCAUGGCCACACUCAAUCCGAUCUCCUCUCUCCUCCUCCUCCUCCUCCUCCUCCUCCUCCUCUCCUCAGCCAUCCCGACGCUCGCCUCUGGCUUCGCGACCACCCUCGACCCGAGCCUCAUGGGCCUUGACCUCGGGAAGGAGAAGCUCAGCCACUUCCGCUUCUACUGGCACGACGUCAUGAGCGGCCCCCACCCCAGCUCCGUCACCGUCGUGCCCCCGCCGUCCAAUGCCUUGGCCACCUUCUUCGGUCUCGUCAACAUGAUCGACAACCCCCUGACCCUCCGCCCCGACCCGGGGUCCAAGCUCGUCGGCCGCGCCCAGGGCCUGUACUCGUCGGCGUCGCAGGAGGAGGUGGGCCUGCUGAUGAUCAUGAACUUCGCCUUCGUGGCGGGGAAGUACAAUGGCAGCGGCAUCACCGUGCUGGGGCGGAACCCGGUGCUCCAGAAGGUGCGGGAGAUGCCGGUGAUCAACGGCUGCGGGCUGUUUCGGUUCGCCCGCGGGUAUGCCCGGGCGACCACCCACACGUUCGACCGGAAGACCGGCGACGCCGUCGUCGAGUACAACGUCUACGUGUUGCACUAUUGACGUUCGGUGACGUGAAUGAUGAUCGGGUUGUUUACUGUUUGGGCCUUUUCUUGUUCCUUUUCGCUUUCU